AUGUUAGGGCAGCAGAGACAAUUAUAUGAAUUUGACAAGCUACAGUCUGGAUAUAAUCUGAGCACAGCAGUGAUGAGGUUCCAAAAAACCUUCAUCUUGGUGCUUAGCUAUCUUCUGUGUGGUUCUGUUCUAAAGUGUUCUGGGAUAAAGCUGGAGAAUAAUGGAUAUAGAGACAUAGUUAUUGCCAUUAACCCUCAAACCCAACAUAAUGAACAGCUAAUUGAAAAUAUUCGGGAAAUAGUGACUGCAGCCUCCUCCUACCUUCACCGAGCUACCAAACAGCAAGUUUAUUUCGCAGAUGUGAAAAUCCUGCUGCCUCUAACGUGGCCAGUUGGUUCCCACCCGGUUCAGAGACCGACGACUCAAUCCUACGAGAAGGCUGAUGUGAUCAUUGCUGAACCAAACCGUAAAUACGGAGAUGACCCAUACACCCUACAGUAUGGCGGAUGUGGUGAGAAGGGACGGUACGUUCACUUCACACCGAACUUUAUACUGAACAGCAGUCUGGUUUCAGUUUAUGGACUGAAAGAUAGAGUAUUUGUUCAUGAAUGGGCUCAUCUUCAGUGGGGAGUUUUUGAUGAAUAUAACGAACUGGUGCCCUUCUAUUUUUUUAAUAGAACCAUUGAAAAAAACGGGAUGUUCAAAACAGAUUACAGGACAGACUGCUGAUUGCACAGGCAGCUCCUGUUCACCGUGUGACACUGAUCCCAAGUCAGGACUGCCGAAAGGGAAUUGUACAUUUUAUCCAGAGAAAAGCCAGACUGCAUCCUCUCCAAUAAUGUUCAUACAAGCACUGUCAAAUGUGACUAAAUUCUGUGACGACAGGACUCACAAUUCUGAAGCACCGAACAUGCAAAACAAAAUGUGCAACUCUAGGAGCACUUGGGAUGUAAUCAGCAAGUCGCAGGAUUUCAGAAACAAUCGCUCAUCUUACAGUGGGUCAGUGACACCAACCUUCACACUGCUACAGGCUAAAGACCGUGUGCUCUGCUUAGUCCUUGAUGUUUCUGGGAGUAUGG